CUUUUCUCCACCCACACCUCUCUCGCCCCCCUUUUUCUCUUCUCUUUCUUUCUUCUCCACGCUACCACCGUCGCGACCGACGACAAGGACUUGGACGAAGACAUACCAAAAAGCCAAAGAGCAUACCAACAACUCUUCGAUUAAUUUUCCACCCCGACCCUUUUAGAGAAGAAAGAAAAUGCAGUCCACCGCGUUGAGAAUUGCGGCGCGUUCAUUGGCGGCUGGGAGCCAGCGAGCUGUUGUGAAACGCUCGUUGGCUACUGCUGCUGCGACGCACGCUGAAGCUGCGGCCACGGCUACCUCGUCACCCGCUCGCAACGUCGCCCCCGUCCCGCUGUCGAACAUUGAGGCUUCGUGGGCCAAGCUUUCGGAGGCGGAGCAGGCUGCUGUGCAUGAGCAGCUUGAGGCUAUCCAGGUGAAGGAUUGGAAGGAGCUGUCUAUUGAUGAGAAGAAGGCUGCGUACUAUGUUGCGUUUGGCCCUCAUGGACCUCGCGCCCCCACCCACAAGUCGGGUGAUACCGCCAAGAUCUUGUUGGGCGUCGCUGCUCUCCUCGGUGUCUCCCUCACCGUCAACUUUGCUGUCAGGUCAUCUGCUCCUCCACCCCCCAAGUCUAUGUCGACCGAAUGGCAAGAGGCUUCGAACGAGCGCGCCAAGGAGAUGAAGAUCGACCCUAUUUCCGGUAUCUCCGCAGAAGACUACAAGGGCAAGGGCUUCGUUUCCAGCCUCUAGAGACGGACGCUGUUUGCUACACCCCGCUGUUGACGCUGACCACCCCGCUCGCGCAUGGUUUUUCCCUUGCAUUCUUCUUCGUACAUCCUGCCUACAACAAUACAAACGGUUUAGUUGCAUUCAAAUAGAACGCUCCUUUUUUCUUAUCA